AUGCUUGAUCCGUGCUAUACAUGUCGACGCCGCCGCAUCCAGUGUGAUCGAACUGGCGAUCCCUGCGCCAAAUGUGAGAAAUCUGGAUUCGAAUGUUUUCAAAAGAGACCUCUACGAUGGGUGAAAGGCGUGACUCUUCGUAGCAAGUUUCACAGUCCUGUUCUCAAAGCAACAACGUCUUCAAGAGAUCGGAGCUCUACCACCGACACGCAGUACACGCCCAGUGCCGUGACUGACCGAUUGUUGGCUAUGCAAGACACGAUGGAAUCGGGACUCCCCAGAAAAGCUGUAACCGAGUCUCAUGGACUCUCGUUGUAUUACCCUGAAGGGCCGUGCAAUAACCACAAUAAAACACACCACUCUACUCCGGUAAAUGAAUCUGCGCUUGUCUCAUCACAACGUCUGCAGAAUCAAUCUAUUGCUCAUCUGGACAAGAAGUCUAUGUACUACUUGGAUUAUUAUAAUGACCGCAUAUGCAAGCUUUUUAUUGUCCAAGAUAGCGACAGUAAUCCACUAAGGAAUCUAAUUCCUCUUGCCCUUGAAGACUCUGUGCUUAUGAAUGCGGUUCUCACCCUUGCCGCACGUCACCAUGCCAAUAUCGGUCGCGCUUUUAACCGGUCAAAUUCUGACUCUCCGUCUACCCUAUACACGAAGGCCAAUCGAGACGCACUUUGUUACAAAUAUAAGGCUAUCCAAGGGUUAACGUCGUCUGUGAAAGAUUCAAGGCUUUCUCAGCAGGAUGCUACCGUCGCUAGUAUAUUUCUAUUGAUUUUCUUAGAUCUCCUUGAAUCUGGAAGUGAUCAAUGGAAUGUUCAUCUGGAGGGCGCAAAGAGCCUGAUUACACAUAAUAAACGGUACUUUGAACUCUCGGAUGGAACGAGGGCGAGCCCUGGACAAACUGUCUGCGACAUCCGAAAUUUUAUUGCUAGUCAGAUAUAUCUAAUCGGAACGCUGGGCGGUACUUUUGUCCGCCCUAAGUUGUUGACUCACUUCAAUCAAUUCUAUGAGCCGGCACCGCCACCCCUCGAUGUCGUUGAGCGAUCGUUUCUUGGAUGUCCUGCUUAUUUGCUGAAUGCCAUACAGAACCUGUCAGCACAAAGGGAUGCUAUAGCUGAUAAUCGGGGUUUCCACGAUUCUACCAUCCACGACCAGGUCACGGCUAUCAAGUCAAUAAUGGAAUCUAUUCAGAAAUUUGACAGCUAUGAUUGGGCUGCCAGCCUGCCACAUCGACAUCAAUCGCCGCAUCAACAUAUAUCCAGUUUGUGCGCUCUAGCAUCUUCAUAUAAGCUUGGUGCUUUGAUAUAUAGUCGUCGAAUCCUCGAUGCGUGCACUGACAGCAACUCUUCUCAGGUUGAUCUAGUGUGCGAGUUGAUUGGAGUUAUUGAUUCAUUGCGGAAUACUGAUUCGCUCUUCAAAUGUAUUCUAUGGCCCAUUUUUGUCGCUGGGCUUGAGUGUCCUUGGCAAGCUCAUCGGCAAUUUCUUGUGGAUUGUUUGGAAAGGUUUUGGCGCCUGACAUUGUGUUUGAAUGUAGUCAAUGCCUCCGAGAUUCUCUCUGCGUACUGGCAGGAAUGUGAUCAAAAGUGUCAAUCAUCGAUUCAAUCCAAUUCAUCACAAUGGAUAUUCAACAUGGGUCGCCUGGGUCAGGAUUGGCUUUUGAUAUAG